GAUUUGAAGAGCACUUGCGUGAACCUUCCUCUUCCUUUUGUCUCGCGGCUUUCCUACUGGCGCUAUGGGUCACCAGCAGCUCUACUGGAGCCAUCCUCGCAAAUUCGGCCAGGGGUCUCGGUCUUGCCGCGUAUGCUCCAACCGGCAUGGCCUGAUCCGCAAGUACGGUCUGAACAUGUGUCGCCAGUGCUUCCGACAAUAUGCGAAAGACAUCGGCUUCAUUAAGUUGGACUAAAUUAUAUUUAUGGAUCUUCAGUGAUUUCCCUGACCAUCAGCAGUGACCAUUUUACUGGACUCUGGACAACUAUUUGAGCCACCUAAAGAUUGAUCCUGUUCAUACUUCAUACUAUGUUAAUUUGUACAUAAAAUUAAAAAAGGUCACCCUCCA